GCGCUCGGCAUCGCCCCGCCUUCGUUGGCCGUGGUGCUGCGGAGGGUGAGCGGCCGCGGCGAGAAGGACGCGUCGGUGGCGGAGGGCCAGCGGGUGUUCGCCGACUUUAAGGCCACUAACAUGCGGCAUUACUGGAACCGGGCGCUGACCCGGGCCAUGGCGGAGGUCCUGUUCCUGGGCUGGCUCGACGAGCACGUGUUGCUCAUUCGGGGACGCGAACGUCACCUUCAGGUGCUGAGGAACGGAUGGAUGAGGAGAACCUUGAAGGCACCUCCGGGUUUUCGCAUCGCCUCACUAGGUGACGUGUCGCCCAUCGGCAUGUCGCCCAUCAGCCAGUCGCAGUUCAUCCCGCUGGGCGAGAUCCUCUGCCUGGCCGUGUCGGCCAUGAACGCCGCGCACAAGCCCGUCAGCCAGGAGGCGCUGGUGGAGCACCUCGCCGCCAGCUUCCCAGGCGUGCCGACACCCAGCCUGGAAGUUCUGCGCCACACCCUGAACAUGCUGGUUCGAGAACGAAAGAUCUACCCGACACCGGAGGGCUACUUCAUCGUCACGCCCCAGACCUACUUCAUCACGCCCUCCCUCAUCCGAAGCAACAACAAGUGGUACCACCUGGACGACCGGCUGCAGGAGCGACAAGCGCACCCCCGGGCGCCGUGCGCCUCGCCCAAGCCCUCAGAGAGGCCCCCUCGCAAGAAUCACAACGACUCCUACGCCCCCCGGUGCGAGGAGCCGCCCGGGCCUCCGGGCAAGACGCCCAAGGAGCAGCAGAAGUCCGAGCCCCGACCGAGCAAGACCCCCAAGGACGGAGAACCUCCGGAGCGCCGCGGAGAGCCGCCGUCCUACCCCUACCCACCUCGUCUGGCCUCCCCCCCUGUCCAGCCGGCGCCCCAAGACCCGUCAGACAAGAACAAAAGCGUCCCGUCCUUCCCGUACAAAACGGACACCCUGACCAAAAAGAAAGAGGGGAACGCCGGCGGCGAGAAACAAUCCAAGCGCUUCGGUCUGCGGCUCUUCCGCCUGAGCUUUAAGAAGGACAAGAUGAGACAGCUGGCCACUUUCUCGGCGCAGUUCCCACCGGAGGAGUGGCCGCUGCGCGACGAGGACGCGCCGGCCACCGCGCCCGUCCCCCGCGAGAUCGAGAUGGAGAUCAUCCGACGGAUCAACCCCGACCUGACAGUGGAGAACGUGGCCCGCCACACGGCCGUCAUGAAGCGGCUGGAGGAAGAGCGCGCGCAGAAACACAAGGCCGGCUCGUCGGCGCAGCACAGCGCCCGCGGCCGGAGGGGGCGGGGCCACCGGCGGGCCCCGCACGGUAAGUCCCGCUCGCACAGCAAGCCGCGGACUUCCCGGGGGGAGCCUUCGGAGGGCUCCAACUGGGAUCUCCUUUUCAUGGAAAGGGACUACCGGUUCUUCAGCCACUCUUUGGUGCGCUCCCCCCGGGAGGCGGCGUACACACUGGAGCGGCGGCGGAGCGGGGGCGCCGCUUACCUGGUCCACAGCAACCCCAACAUCACCGAGUCGUACUGCCCCGUCACGCCCGAGUGGGACGUUUCCGGGGAACUGGCCAAGCGGCGGACGGAGAUGCCCUUUCCGGAACCCUCGCGGGGAACCUGCCAGUCCCGGGUGCAGAGGAGCCACAGUCACAAUCAGGACCGGAAGUCGCGUCACGAGCGCUCGGACCGGGCCAAGGAGCGCUCGCGCUCUAUGGACAACUCCCUCAAAGGGCCGAGCGAGGACUUCGAGGCUGGGCCGGAGGAACGCGGGCACUACUACACGGACGACGGCACCCUGCGCGCCACGCAGAAGUCGGGCCACUACUCGAGGAUCGUCUUCUCCGCUGCUAAGUUCCACUCGGAUUUCAAUGUGCCUGAUUUGGGGAAAGGGAGCGCGGACGAGUUGAGGAACAAGAGCAGGGACAGCCUACCCACGUACAACGAGCUCAUGGGACUUUCUCCCAAGCCCUCGGCCGACGAGUACUUCCAGUGCAAUACGUCGAACGAAACAAUCCUAACCGCCCCCUCGCCUCAGGCAAAAUCGGAAUAUGACACCUUGACCUCAUCGGGAGGACGGCGGAAGGGCUCUCCGGCGGAGCGCCAGACGCCUCGCCUCGCCUCUCCGCACAAGGAGGACUCGGCGGCGGCCAAGGGACAGAGCGGCGGGGGCGGCUCGGCGCGCCAGACGCCGGAGCCUUCGCAGAGCACCCGCCUGACGCCGCACCAACACAACGUGGACCCCGGCGGAGGCCUGUCCCUCAAAAGGAAGGAAAUCUUCAGCAAAGACACCUUGUUCAAACCGCCGCACAACGCCUACGCGGACGGCGGCUACGGCAAGUCCGGCACGUUGCGGAAAGCCUCGCACGGCAAAUCCGCCGAGGCCCUUGACAAUCCCGAGCCACAGCAGCCUUCCGAUUCCGCCGCUUCGCCCGCGCUCUGCGCGGAGCCCGCCGUCCCCGCCGCCUCCUUCGACUACUACAACGUCUCGGAUGACGAGGAGGCGGAGGGGGACUCGCACAAAGACUCGGCCGAGGACGCCAAGGACCUCAGAGAAGCGGAGGGCACCAUAAAAUGGCUACUGGAACGAGAGAAGGAGCACGAUCUGCAGCGCAAACUGGAGACCAACCUAACCCUCCUCAGCCCCAAGGAGACGGAGAACAGCAGCAGCCAGAAGUCGGCCCACUCGGCGCGCUUGGACAGCAUGGACAGUAGCAGCGUCACCGUGGACAGCGGAUUCAACUCGCCCAGGACGCGCGAGAGCCUGGCGUCCAACACGUCCAGCAUCGUGGAGAGCAAUAGGCGUCAAAACCCGGCGUUGAGUCCCGGACACCACGUGGGCCCGGGCGCGGGGCUGCCCUUUACCUUCCGCGCCGCCCCGGAACCGCCGGCGCCGUCGCAGCCCGACAAACUCCAGAAGCCCGCCAACUGCCUGGCCUCCAUCACCAGCGUGUAG